AUGGUCCGUAUUCUUUCUUUUCCACCACCGCCUCCGCCACCACCACCAUCAUUUAGAUCAAUCCCACCUCGGCGCUAUUUCUUCAAAAGAAAGAACAGAACUCCUCCACCACCACCACCACCGCCACCGCGACCAUUUGGACCGAUUCUUCCUUGGAAAUAUUCUGUCAAAAGAAGAAGAAAUAAUCCACCAUCUUGUUUGAUCCAAAAAGACAUGUUGACAUGGUACGUGAUCACCCUCGUCAUGCGCCGAGAACUCCAAACCCGAAACCAUCAACCUGAAGAGACACGAGAAGAAUGGGUGAUCUCAAUCAAAGACAAGAUGGACCAAGCACUCAGAGAAGACGCCACAACUAGUUGGGACAAGCUAUGUAUCUACAGAGUACCACAAUACCUUCAAGAAAACAACAAGAAGUCCUAUUGCCCUCAGACUGUCUCGCUUGGUCCGUACCACCAUGGCAACAAACAUCUCCUCCCCAUGGACCGUCACAAGUGGCGUGCUGUCAAUAUGGUCAUGUCACGCACCAAGCAUAUCAUCGAAAUGUAUAUUGACGCCAUGAAAGUUCUCGAAGACAGGGCUCGUGCUUGCUACGAAGGCCUCAUUCGUUUGAGCAGUAACAAGUUUACCGAAAUGCUGGUUCUUGAUGGUUGUUUUGUCCUUGAGCUCUUCAGAGGAGCCGAUGAAGGAUUUUCAGAACUUGGAUACAAUCGUAACGAUCCAGUUUUUGCAAUGCGAGGAUCGAUGCAUUCGAUACAACGUGACAUGGUAAUGCUGGAAAAUCAACUUCCUUUGUUCGUUCUAGACCGGUUGUUAGAGCUACAGCUUGGUCCACGAAAUCAAGCCGGUUUAGUGGCACAAUUGGCAAUUCGGUUCUUUAAUCCGUUGAUGCCAACCGACGAACCGUUGACCAAAACCGACCAGUCUAAACCCGAAAGCUCACUGGAAAAGGAUAAAUUCUUUAACCCGAUUGCUGACAAGGACAAGGGCGAGUUGCACUGUCUAGAUGUGUUCCGUCGAAACCUGCUUCGGCCUUGUUCGAAUCCAGAGCCGAGGUUAUCACGAAGGAGAUGGUCCUGGAAGACUCGUGUGGCGGACAAGCGCCAACAACAACUGAUACAUUGCGUGACAGAGCUAAAAGAGGCCGGUAUCAAAUUUAGGAGAAGGAAGACAGACCGGUUUUGGGAUAUUCAAUUCAAGAAUGGUUAUCUAGAGAUACCCAAACUACUUAUCCAUGAUGGUACAAAAUCUCUAUUUUCGAAUCUUAUAGCUUUUGAGCAAUGUCAUAUCGACUCGAGCAACGACAUAACAUCUUACAUAAUCUUCAUGGAUAAUCUAAUAGAUUCUCCUGAAGAUGUUAGUUAUUUGCAUUAUUGUGGUAUCAUCGAACACUGGCUAGGAAGUGAUUAUGAAGUUGCGGAUUUGUUCAACCGGUUAUGUCAAGAAGUGGCUUUCGACCCCCAGAAUAGUUAUUUAUCUCAACUGUCAAAUAAAGUCGACCGGUAUUAUAGUCGAAAGUGGAAUGUUUUGAAGGCCAUCUUAAAACACAAGUACUUCAAUAAUCCUUGGGCAUAUUUCUCUUUUUUUGCUGCACUUGUCCUGCUAGUUCUCACUUUAUUUCAAAGUUUUUUUACUGCUUUUCCUUAUUUUAGGCCACCUUCUUGA